AUGCAUACAGAGCAUCUCGUCCCCCUCACUCUCUAUCUAUAUUUCUCAUUCUCUCUCUCUUUAAAAUACCAAAAAUAAAAACCCAUAAACCUCCAUAACCACCACACUCCGGCGACCCACCUCUGGCCACCGCCCGACCCAACGCGCCGGACAAGUCGAAAGCCCAAGUGCCGGCGACCUCACUCCCCAAGCGGCGCCGCUCCUCUCGCCGCCGUUGACUCGGGAUCGCAAGUCAAAGUUUGGGAUUUUAAACUUUGAACGGGUUUUCCGGUCACCUCCGGCGUCCGUUUGACGAGAGAUUUUCACCACUACACUCAGCUCGUCGAGGAGAACAACCUACACUAAACCAUUUUUCCCGGUUCGCAACUUUUUCCGGUGACAUUUUUGUAGCUCCGCCCCUUUCCGGCGACUUUCCGGUGACCUCGUGUACCGUUUUGACAAACGGUUGGCAUGAGUGUGAUCUACUCGUCGAGGUGGUCGUUUUGAUAUAUACUACUCCUAUUUUCGGCGACAUUUCCGGUACACCAAUUUUUACCGCCACCGAUUGUUAAUGUGCACCGCUUAGGUGAGAGUAAUAUGUAAGUUUGGACUAAACAAUGGGAGCUCGGGACUUGAGAGCUUAAGAUCGUCUUUUGGAAAAAGUUUAACAACUCGGGAGAGACCUAAGAAAAUGCCUCCUAAAGGAAAGAAGACAAGGAGAACGGUUGGAGAAGACGCCCCUCAAGCUAAUGUCCAACCUCCACAAGCUGAAUUCCCUAUGAACGCCCUUCUCGAAGCCUUAAGAGCUAUUCCCGCUCAACAAAUGGAUCCUGCCGCUCGACAAAGUCAUCAUUUUCAGAUCUUUCAUCGAAUCCAAGUGCCUGAGUUUGAGGGUGGACAAGAUCCCAUGGUAGCUGAAAGGUGGUUGAGGCAGAUAAAGAAAAAUUUCAACAUAAUAGGAACACCUGAGGAAUACCAAGUUACUUUCGCUGUGUCCAAGUUAGAGGGUGGUGCAGCAGAUUGGUGGGAGACCUUGUCCAGGACAAUGGAAACUGAUGGGAUGACUUGGCGAGAAUUUGAGGAAGUUUUCAGGGAACAAUAUUUUAGUCCAUCUCACAGGAGGGCUCUUAUUGGAGUAUUUGAUGGUCUAAGACAAGGGGAUAUGACUGUUAAUGAAUUUUACAUGAAGUUUGUAGAGCUAUCCUCUUAUGCAUAUCCUGGUGUUGUUGAUCAACCCUUGGUGAUUGAACAGUUCAUGCGUCGUUUGAGGCCUGCGAUACGUGGUCCAAUAGCCCCUUUGACCUUUAACAACUUGACUGAGUGUGUGACAGCAGCCUUGCGAACUGAGGCUCAUGUAGAAGGGAAUGAGAAGAAGAACACAAGCAGAGGAAGAGGAAAUGACCGAAAGAUGACCAAGAAGAAUCAAGGACAGUGGUCCCAAGGACAACAAUUUAGUGGGGGUAGCACUAGUAGUGGUUCAUCUGGAAAGACUCGUAGUGGACCAUACGGGUGUUUCAUUUGUGGUCAACAAGGUCACAAGAAGAAAGAUUGCCCGCAACGACAACAAAGAUUUCAAGCAUCUCAUGGGGGACCCAUAGGGAGCUAUGUAGAGUCUACUCCUUUUCAUGGACAGCCCAGGACAAACCAGUCUCAGUCUUCAUCCUAUGGUUUCACACCCCAAUCGGGCCAGCAGUCUCAGUAUCAACAUCAGUUCAGGCCACAAGGUUCAGGGUUCAACAUGGGGUACUCACAAGGUUUCCAAACUCCUGCUCCUAGUGGGAGUCAAAGAGGGUACAAUCAAGGUGGAGGGUCUGGUGCAAGUACAAGCUACCCUAGUCAGGGAAGGGGCAAGGCAAAAGCAAAGUCAUCCGCUCAAGCCUACGCUCUUGGGGUUGAUGAUGUGCAGGGCGGUGCCGACUGUGGAGUUGUCGAUGGUAUGGUUCUUAUCUCACACUCUUGGGCUCAUGUGUUAUUUGAUACGGGUGCAUCGCAUUCCUUUAUAUCUUUGAUGUUUGCUAGUAUGUUGGGUUUGAGUUGGGAAACUUUUAGUCCUGCAUUGCAUUUGAGUGUACCUAUGGGGGGACAUGGUGAGGUAUCCACCAUAUGUAGGUCAAUUUGUAUUGUGUUCGAGGGACACAAGUUGUCUGGAAACUUAUUAGUGUUGCCUAUGGGGCAAUUUGAUGUAAUUCUUGGUAUGGAUUGGUUGUCUAAAUACCAAGCUAUUGUGGAUUGUUCACGUAAAAGAGUGACUCUUUUAACCCCUAGUGGUGAUUUCAUUAUUUAUCGAGCCAACAUGAGUGCAGUGAGACAAAAUCCUAUCUUAAGGGCAUGUUUAGGUGGAAAGAGAAACUUAGAGUGUUAUGGGAAUCUGUUUGCGAUCGAUGAUGAGUCUAGGAAUUUAGACCAGUUCCCUUGGAUAUCAGUGGUUAGUGGUUUUCCGGAUGUGUUUCCAGAGGACUUACCAGGGUUACCACCUGAUAGGGAGAUCGAGUUUUGCAUUGAUUUGAUUCCCGGAGCUCAACCAGUUUCUAUUGCACCUUAUCGCAUGGCACCUGCAGAGUUGGUUGAAUUGAAAAAACAAUUAGGGGAGUUAAUGGAUAAGGGCUACAUCAGACAUAGUACUUCCCCAUGGGGAGCUCCAGUCUUGUUUGCCAAGAAAGCUGAUGGGACUUUGCGACUUUGUGUCGACUAUAGAAAGCUGAAUCAGAUGACAAUUAAAAACAAAUAUCCUUUACCGAGGAUUGAUGAACUAUUUGAUCAACUUGGUGGUUCAAAGUUCUUUUCAAAGAUUGAUCUGAGGUCAGGCUACCAUCAAUUGAGGAUUAGGGAAGAAGAUAUCCCUAAGACUGCUUUCAGGAGACGGUAUGGACACUUUGAGUUUUUGGUAAUGCCAUUUGGGUUAACGAAUGCACCUGCUGCAUUUAUGGAUCUUAUGAAUAGAGUCUUUAGACCUUUCUUGGAUAAGUUUGUGGUGGUAUUUAUUGAUGACAUCUUGGUGUAUUCUAAGACACGUGAGGAUCAUGCUGAACACUUGACAACAGUAUUACAGACAUUGAGAGAUCACCAAUUAUACGCUAAGAAAGAGAAGUGUGAAUUUUGGAUGACUGAAGUCAAGUUCUUGGGCCAUGUAAUUUCUCAAGAUGGUAUCACUGCUGACCCUGCAAAGAUAGACUCUAUUCUACAGUGGGAAAGACCAAAGAAUGUCACUGAAGUUCGAAGUUUUCUUGGGUUGGCAGGCUACUACCGUCGCUUUGUAGAGAAUUUCUCACGAAUUGCUAUGCCUUUGACGAAGUUAACAAGAAAAGAAGUAAAGUUUAUGUGGGAUGAUAGUUGCGAAGAAGCUUUUAGAGAAUUGAAGGAAAGAUUAACUUCGGCGCUGUUCUCACCGUUCCUAAUAGUGAGGAACCAUAUGUGGUAUUCACCGAUGCUUCGAAUGUCUUGGAUUAGGAGGUGUCCUCAUGCAAAACGGCAAGGUGGUUGCCUAUGCUUCUCGACAAUUGAAACCACAUGA